AGUUCCUCAGAGCCACAUCAAGACAUCUGAAGAUCUUUGCUUGUUAUUUUUUGGUCGCGCCGCACCGUGCGGCUGCGGCGUGUCAGUCUGACCGUUCUUUCCGGAUCAUGUUCUACGUCUCCGGGCUCUUUUUGCAGCUACAGCUGCUGCUGUUUGACAGUUCGUUUUUGCAGCGUAAUUCUCCCGUACACGUCGUGCACGCGCAGCCCGGCGGCUCGCGAAAGCCCGUGAUCGAUCACCGCCAGCCGAUGCAGUUGGAGUCCGAGAAAAUCCGGUUAAGGCUGGAGGCGGAAAAGAGGCGACAAGAGGAGGAGGCGGAGAUGGGGCCGCGGCAGUUACCGAAAUCGCUGCAAUUUGACACGUCGGUUGUCCAGGACAUAAAACGGUCGCUUAAAGUCUUGUCGAAUGACCUGCUGGUGAUCAUCGACCUGCUCGACCAGAAGCUGGGGCUGCGACCGGAAGACAGCGAAAAGAUCGACGAGACAACGCUGGCGAGAAGAAAAGCGGAAGAUUUGGAGAGACAGAAGAUCGAGAAAGGUAUAUUAGAGAUAGUGGCGUUGUUUGUUCUGCUAAGCUCCUGGAGAGAAGAUUGUAUAGCGCAUCCUCAAUAAGUGCACAUGCCUCGUCCAUUUUGAAAUUCUAUAAUAAAGAAAAAAAUAAUAAAAAUGUCAAUGUAUGAUCAGGCUAUGUCCCGGGGAAUAUUUGUCGUACGCACGUCGGCAAGGAUAUUGGCACCUCCAUCGUGCAUGCUGGAGCGAAGAUUUUGUUGCUUUCCAAAAGGCCGGACAGUACCGAGGGGGAUCGGUGGGAAGUAAACAUCGUCGGGACCACUCGGAUAUCCACUGCAAAUGUGUCCGGGUCUGCAAAAAUGCGAAAAAACUUGUGAUGGUGAUAGAAAGAGUUCAUUGUUUGUCAAACCGUGCAGGCGCCUAAAUUUUAGGGUAGCACAGCAGAUGACGAGCCACCUACCCACUCCGCCAAUUAGAUAUCCUCAUGACAUAAAAGUCAGCCUCUUCCGCGACCUAGAACUGUUUGCAUUUGAUAAAGCCGCGUCUCCUUUCACGAAUUAGAGAUCCAAUGCGGUAUUGCAUACUUCUUUUUGGAUGUUGAUACUUGCUUUGAACCUCCAGCUCUCAUGCUCCGCAUAGACGUUGCUGGCGCAACAUCUUCAAAAAGAUAAAAUCUUUGUCAAAUCAUGAAGAUAGUACACGAAUCGAUGCGAAAUGGAAAUCCAUCAGAGCCCAAACCGGUAACCCGUGCGGACAGCAACCUGGAUCCCGAGGAGGUGCGUUGGUUGCAAGAAUGGAACCAGUACGGCUGGUGGAUCUACGUGCGGCAGGGGUUGUACUUCCUCGGGUUUUUCUUGGACAUGGCCCUGUGGACCUCCAUGCAGCUUUUUCUCGAUUCCGCAGCCGCAAAGAAGCGCCGGCGGAAGAUCUUCCAGGACGCCAGCCUAGGCCAGGCCGCGGUCGUGAGCGCCGCCAGCCCCACGCUUAGCAGCUCGUCCAGUCAGGCUUUGGGCAGUGGCCCUGGCGCGGGGAGUGGCAGUUCGUCCAGUCGGGGAGUAGAUCACCACCAGCCUCCCGUGUCGGGCGACCGGAAGAGCCGGCGACAGCGGAGCAGGUGGGAAAUUUUGAUGCAAGAGGACGUGCUAGCACAGUUGGUCGAUGAGUACGUGUGGAAACUUGCACUUUCGUUUGUGAUCGCGGUAGCGCUCAGGUUGCCACAGUAUUUGCUGGACACCGGCGGCGUUGCCUACUCCAUGCUGCUAAAUCUGAUAAUAACACUGCGAGCCUUGGCGGCGGUUACCUUUUUCAUCGGAGAUAACUUGGUGAUGCCGGCAUAAAAAGUGAAAUUCAUGCAAAAGAAACAUCGCAUUCAGCAUUUACUUUUUUGCAUUCUUGCAAUCUCGAAUAUCAGCUUUUAGGCAUUCAAGGGGCUGUUCGAGUUGCUUGCUUUAUGGUUAUGACUGCCGCACCUCAUCUUACUUCGUUCGAGUGCUCUUUUUUCCUCUGUAAUCCCACUUGUUUUUUGGAAGAGAAUUUCAUUGUUCUCUGAAUGAGAAUGAAGUUCUGAAUGAAUGGAACGACGAAAACGAUAUUACCUUCGCACCAUGGAAUUCAACGUCUAUGGUUAUUGUUUUGUAGUUGUAGGUAGCACAAAACAGAUUUCGUAGAAAUCGCAACGCCACCCAUCCAAUGCUGCAG